AUGCGAAUCGAGUGCCGGACGCUGUGGGAGGAGUACGAGAAGCAGAAGCGAGUGGAGGAGACGCAGAGAGAGGAGCUGCGCGAGGCAGGGAAGCCGGGCGAGGCGGCGCAGAAGCGAUUGGAGCGGCGGAGAGAGGAGGAAUUGAAGGUGGAAAGGGAGAAACGAGAGCAGCAGCAGCGGAUUGAGAGGAUCGCGGAGGAGGAAAAGGCGCGGUUCCGCCAUGUGCUGGAGACGAUUAACGAGGUGGAGAUCGUGCAGGAGAAGAAGCAGCCGAAGAAAACGCGGCAGACGAAGACGAAGGGACAUGGACGCGGCGCGGAAGGAGGAAAGAAGGGACGAAUGGAAGAGGAGGAAGAGGAGGAAGAGGAAGAAUCGGAGGAUAACGAGCAGAUCAGCGAGGGAGACUUGAAGGGAGUGUUCGGAGAUUUGUCUGAUUCCGAUUCGGAGUCGGAGCAGGGAAUGGAGAAGGAGUCGAAAGCCAAAUCGAAGAGCAAUGAUGAUGAUAAUGAGGAUGAUGAUGAACCGAAGAGAGAGGCUCCCAAGAAGCGAAUUCGCGCUGUGGAAAGCUCCGAAGAUGAGGAACCGGUUCCUGAAGAGAAGCGAACGCACAUGGAGGAGAUCCAGAAGGAGCUGAACAACGUGUUUAGUGAUGAGGAUUAG